UCCUGGUGCUGCGUGUGGUGGUGGUGAAGUCCUCUCUGAGGCAAGCAGUGGACUUUUGCACGUCACCAGUGGUUGCCGCAGCGGUUCGCGUUUCGCAGUUGUACGAGGACUAAUUUCAAGCACUCAGCACCUGCAAGCAGGCCUUCGUCGCGCUACUACGUGUGUGCCCCUCGUAACCGCGCUAGCGUCCCGUAAGACACUAGCAAGCCUAGCUCGACGCCCGCGCGCGCGCUAAUCGUGCUUCACAGUGCUUCACAGCAGCGAUACGAAGCUGUUUUCGCUGGGCGCAGCCCUAUCAAGCCCAUUCUUGCACUACAGCCUCGCAGAAGCGCUCUACAAAAAAGCGCUCUCCCCAAAGCCUUAAACUUAAAUGGAGCAGAACUGGGGCGCGCCGCAGCAACAGGGCGCGCAGUGGCCCGGCGCCGCGGGAUUUCAGCCCGCGCUCGGGCCCUACGCCGCCUACGGCGCCUAUCCUCCCAUGGCGCCGCGGGCCUACCCCAUGCUCAUGGCGGCGCCGGCGCAACAAGGCAUGCUCGGCGCGGCGCCGGACCAACAAGCCAUGCUCGCCGCGGCGCCGGCGCAACAUCUAGCUCCGCCGCCGCCGCCUCUGCCUCGGGCCGCGCCGAAAGACAUCUCCACGUGGCUCGACGAGGUCAAGCCGGGCUACGGGGAGAAGUACGCCUCGAUCUUCGAGGACCUCGGCGUCGACGACGAGGAGGACGUGCAGAACCUCCGCGACGACCUCGCGCGGGACCUGCGCGCCGCGCUCGAGAACGCCGGCGCCAAGCGCGGCCACCUGAACAACAUCGAGUCGGCGGUCAUCGCCAAGCGCGCGAACGCGGCGCCGCGCCACCUCGCGCUCCUGCCGCCGCCACCGCCCCUCGCGGCGCCGCCGCGCGCCCUGCCCGCGCUGCUGCCGCCGCCGCCGGCGGGUGCCCUGCCGGCCCUCCUGCCGCCGCCACCAGCGGCGGGCCCGCGGCCCUCGGCGCUACUGACGGCGUGGCUCGACGAGGUCCAGUGCCAGGGUCCCGUCCGCGAGCGCGUCCUCGCCAUCGCCAACGACGUGCCCGAGCUCUUCGCCACGUCGGUCGAGGACCUCGAGCGCGAGUGCAGCGCCAGCACGCUCAAGCCGCUCUCGUGGAGCCGCUUCCGCAAGGCCUUCGUCAAGGAGAAGGCCGCCCGCGCCGCGGCCGCCAACGCCGCGCCCGCGACGCCGGCCAACAACGCCGCGCCCGUGACGCCCGUCGCCGCCGCGCCGUCGCCCGCCGCGCCGGCGACGCCCGUCGCCGCGCCCGCGCCCGCGCCCGCGGACGAGGAGGAGCUGCCGGACGCCCCGCCGCCGCAAGCUUCGGACGACGACGACGCCGCGCCGCCGCCGUCGCCGCCGGCCUCCGACGACGAGGACGAGGACGCGCCGCGCCGGUCGCCGCGCCGGUCGCGGUCGCCCCGGCCGCGCCAGCCCGCCGCGCCGGCGCCGCGCCGGUCGCGGUCGCCGCGCGCGCGCCAGUCGCCCGCCGCUCCGGCGCCGCGCCGCUCGCGGUCGCCGCGCGCGCGCCAGCCGGCCGCCGCUCCGGCGCCGCGCCGCUCGCGGUCGCCGCGGGCGCGCCAGCCGGCCGCGCAGCCGGCCGCGCAGCCCGCCGCGCCGGCGGCGCCCUCGUGGCAGGGCGACUUCCGCGAGCUGCUCGCGGCGAUCCAGGACAAGUCGCUCAUGGAGCUCCGCGGGCCGUUGACGCGCUACGGGUUCAAGUGCGGCCCGACGUAUCCUGGCAAGUGGUACUACGACGUCAGCGUCCCCAUCACCUACCCCUGUUAUUACGACCUGGUGGGCAAGAACUACUCGCAGCACCAGGACUUCGUGCGGUCCACCGUGCAACUCACGAAGUACCUCGAGGGCGCGCUCGCGCUGGCGGGCAGCAGCGGCACGAUUCGAUUGGAGUCCGCGCGGCGCGCCGAGCUCGAGACUUUGUCGUCGGAGUCGAAGCAGCGGAGCCUCGCGAAGCUCAUGGUGCGCCGCUUCCAGCGGAAGCUGCGGUUCAGCAUCCAGGAGACGGUCGCGGCCGCGCUGUCCGACUCGCCGCGGCUGACGCCUUCGCCCGACAAGGCGGUCGAGGCGGCCAAGGAGCACGGCUGGAAGGCUGCUGAUUUAGUGGAGGUCUUCCUCUGGGGCCAGGACGACUCGAGCGACGACGACGACGACGUCGAUCCCGACGGCCCGCGCAUUCUGGGCCUGCUCCACCGCGGCGACCUCUGCACGUUGAAAGCCGACGACAAGGUCAUCGUCAAGGUCGUGUCGGUCGGCCGGCGCAAGGUCGACGUGACCUUCGUGAACUGGCACGAGGGCAUGACCAAGUCGGUGAAGCCCUCCGAGCUCGUCCCGAUGAACCUGGACGAGGGUCGCCAGCCGCGGCGCCACGUCGGGCGGCUCGCGGUCGGCGCGCGCCUCGUCGGCGUCUCGUGCAUGGACGGCUACCAUGACGGCGUCGUCCGGUCCGUCGAGCAGUUCGGCUACGAAGUUCGCUUCGCGGACGGCGACGAGGGCUUCGUGUCGCUCAAGCAGGCGCACGAGGCCGCGGCUCGAGCGCUCGAGAAGAAGCGGUCGGCGGAGUCCUCCUCUUCCAAGCCGGCGGCGAAGAAGCGCAAGUAG